UUAAGUCUAUUCUCUCUAUAUAUAGACAACCCAAACCCUUGCCUUGGACGCUUGCCUCUCAAUUUCUAAGGUGGGAAAAAAAGAUUCUCAAACGUCGACUAUACAUAUAGAUAUAUCACCUACACAGAAGAACCUGCUUGUUCUUAAUUCUUUAGGAUAUAUGGGGAGACCACCUUGCUGUGACAAAGUAGGAGUCAAGAAAGGGCCAUGGACGCCUGAGGAAGAUAUCAUCUUGGUCUCUUACAUACAAGAACAUGGACCUGGGAAUUGGAGAUCGGUUCCUACUAAUACAGGUUUGCUUAGAUGCAGCAAGAGUUGCCGGCUUAGAUGGACUAAUUAUCUCCGGCCGGGUAUUAAGCGUGGUAACUUCACUGAACAUGAAGAGAAGAUGAUUAUCCAUCUCCAAGCUCUUCUGGGAAAUAGAUGGGCAGCCAUGGCAUCCUAUCUUCCUCAGAGAACCGAUAAUGAUAUAAAAAAUUAUUGGAAUACCCAUUUGAAAAAGAAGCUCAGAAAGCUCCAAGAUGGGCAGAAUCAUGAUGGGUUCUCAGCCUCACAGCAGUCAAAGGGUCAGUGGGAGAGAAGGCUCCAAACUGAUAUCCGUUUGGCUAAACAAGCCCUUUGUGAGGCCUUGUCCUUUGACAAAUCAAGCUCUUUAACUGAAGCAAAGGCCUCUGUUACUAAUGCCUCUCACCCUUACACAAGACCGCAUCAAGUACAAGGAUCCACCUAUGCAUCAAGUGCAGAAAACAUUGCAAGAUUGCUGGAAAACUGGAUGAAAAAUUCACCAAAACAAGCUCAAACGAACUCAGACACUACCCAAACUUCCUUCAACAACGCAGUAGCUGCCAAUUCCAGUUCUAGUGAAGGAGCAAAUAGUGAAACCACACUUGAUCAUCAGGGAUUUGACUCACUUUUUAGCUUCAACUCUUCCAACUCAUCCGAUGCAUCUCAGUCGGUGGAUGAGAAUGCAAAUUUGACACCAGAAACCUGCCUGUUCCAAGACGAAAGCAAGCCAAACAUGGAGAAUCAAGUUCCUUUAUCAUUGCUGGAGAAAUGGCUCUUUGAUGAAGGUGGUGCUCAGGGUCAUGAAGACCUAAUUAACAUGUCCUUAGAGGAUGGUACAGCUGAGUUGCUUUGAAGAACAAAGACCUCGCCUUAUCAUGUCAUUAAUGUAUUAGGGCUUCUUUUUCUUUUUGUUUUUAAGUCUAGGUAUUCUGCUAGUAAGCCUUGUUAAUUUCUAGCCUAGUUAUGCAUAAAUUAAGAUAGCACCCGCCUCACUGGAAGAACAAAAGUGUAAAUUAAAAGGUACAUCUAUAAAUAUGAAUAUGCUAUGUACUGGACACUAGUAUUAUCAAAUGUCAUCUUACUACUAUAUAUGUUAAUCGCUGUAUUGUUUGCAAA